GGCUCGAGGAGCAGCGUCCGCGUGGGAGAGCGGGACAGACGGCAGCGGGGACACGGGGAGACGGCCCCGGGGAGACUGGGACUGAGAGUGAGACAGAGACACGGACACGGCCCCGGCCCCGGCCCCGGGGAGACAGGGACUGGGACUGACUAAGAGAGAGAGAGCCCGCGAUGGCCGAGGAGCAGCAGCGGCGGCUGCACAACGCGGUGGACGGCAUGGUCCAUGGGCUAGAGAGAGAACUGAUCCGGAAGAUGCAGGGGAAAAUGUUUCGGUGCAGUGCAGACUGCUGCGAGAAUGCCAACGCCUCAAUGGAGGAGGUACAUCAGUGCAUCGAACGUUGCCACGCACCGCUGGCACAGGCACAGGCCACCGUCACCGGGGAGCUGGAGAGGUUCCAGAAUCGGCUGCAGCGCUGCAUGAUGGACUGUAACGACCGAGCGAAGGACGCCUUCCACUCAGGAGUCAAAGAGCCUGACGUCAAGCUGAAGGCGGACUCCUGCGUCAGCAAGUGCGUGGACGAUCACGCUGUCCUCAUCCCCAGCAUGACGCGGACGCUGAAGGAGUCACUGACCUCCAUAGCCAAGUGAGGCAGCACCUCGGAUAACGAAGUCAGGUAAUUCGUUCGUUCUUCCCGAAGGAAGAGGUGCCACAUUGAAGCAGUGAUAUCACGGCAAACCAAACUCAAUAACACCCCCACACCGCCACGCACCCCACCCAACUCCACCACUUGGCAGCACUGGAGUCUGGUAACUCAUCUCUCAAUUGCAGACUUGAGAGCAAAGGAGCUCGCAGCAGUGUCCUCCCCACUCAGGGACAGAUCAGCAAGACCACAAGGGAGGUGGGUCAGGACUUUAACACAUUUACCAAAGUACUCGAUGUUGCUCCAAGGCGGAACUCAGAGCAGCAAAGGCGCCUGUCAUCGGAUGGUAAUAAGAAACUGUCGCCUUUCUGCUCGCUCAGUCCUUGCCUCCUUUGUGCAGCCCACGCUGGUGGAGAAACACGUAAGGGAUUUAAAGCCAGUUUGUGGGGCAUCGGGACAGCUUGACUUGACCCGUUGGGCAAACGGAAGGAGCUGACCGCAGAAACAUGUGAUCCUUUCACCUCCGCUUUCGAUACGUCGCGUCACUCAGCUGCCCCUUUCAAUCACUGUUUCACACGGAUCGAGGGCUCAAUUUCAGCUCAACCUUGGGCAGAACGUUUCAGGGAAUCAGAAUGGAUUUCAACUCAAGCCAUCUCCACUCUUCCAUGCUUUUCCUUCUCCAUUGAAGAAUAUCUUUGAAGAAGGAUGUUAGUUAAAGCACGCGCGAGACCAUUAGCCUUCUGUCAGUGUCUGGCUCCUUGCUGUGUUGUCAAAUGAGUACCCGAUCUUUUCAAUGCAGGGCACCCAUAACCUUUCCCCUUUCAGAUCCUAUUUGAUCAUAAUUUGGAAAUGUAAAGAAAGCUGAUCUCUGUUUUUAACAAAAAAAUUGAUUUCAGUCUCCUCUGGGUCAGGGAGUCGUAAAUCAGAGUCUCAUUUGGAGGCGUCAGGUGUCAAAAGGAAGUCAGCUCCAAGAUUCCUUGAGCCGAAUAAGGAAAAGAUUCCCCCAUGCUGUUUUCAAGAGCACACCUCCCAGUGUAACUUCGGUUUGCGGAGCUGGAUGAUUCUUCCAACAGAAAUGUUUUGAGCUCCCCUUAGGGUGAAACGUCGGACGUUUUCUGCAUUCCCUCACCCCACCCCGCCACCGCCGCAUGGCUGGUUUUGCUGACUUUGAAUAAAGAAAUGUCAGCAAUUGAGACUCAGCAUGAGACUCACUGAUACUCACUCUGAACUUUGCCUCUGUCUCUCUCGUGUGAUAUGUUGAUCCUCUGACUGUGGUGUGCACAGGAAGUGUGCUGGAGGUGAUAUGCUGACAGAGCUGAUGGCAGAGUCAGAUUCUGAAGUAUUUCUCAUGACCGCCGCUGCUCUGACAGUCAGUUUCCUGCAGGACUGUAUACCAAUGUGGAAGGGACAGGAAGUGUCAGUGUUUGAGUUAGACCUUCCACCAACUUCUCUCCUCCGCGUUGCAGUCAUUUCUGGGAUGGGCCAUGGGCUGGAGGGUGGGAAUGCGAAAGACGACAAAUUUGCCCACAACAUGCUCGAAAACCUGUCAUGCUCUCCCCAGAAGAGUUGGAUGGUUCUUUGAAUCCCAUUGCUUUUAGCAAUACCUGCGUAAAGGGGAUAGGAAUCAAAACACGCAGUAUUUCACGCGGGGCAGAAUCCUCACAAGAUCACAAACCGGGAUCUUCAUCUGUCUGUGGGUUUUCCCACCCCCGACAUCUGUGAUGUAUCAAACCCUUGAGGAAAGCCUGCCAUUCAUAAGCUUCCAAUUUGGAUUCUGACAACGAACCACUGAAUUCAUUUGAGUGUGCUUUUAGCUCCAUGUAACGGAUGGGGAACAGUGCCCUGCUUGACAGUAUCUUGACAGACAACAGAGAAGUGUUGCUGAAAAGAGACACAAUGUCACUGAAGUUUUUGCCCCCCCGUGUUAUAAAUUAUGGCGAUCACUUGAAGUUUGGCAUUGAGUGCAAGAGGAAGAGCUUUGGGAAUAUAUUUCUUUUUGCAGUGAUACUAACAACCUGUAAUAAUGUCCUGUUUGCCCAGUGAGCCAUUAGACCUUGUGUUGUCCAGGCAUCAUUAGCCUUGAUUCCCUCAAUCUCCACGUGUCCAAUAGUUUUUGGACAGAUUUAAAAGAAGCAAUUGCAGUUAUCUUCUUGACUCUGCAAGGAUUCUGACACUGUUUAAGUUGUGUGUCAGGUAGAAGCUGAUUGUGGUUUUACGUGUGCUCUGGUCAGGAGGCUGUGACAUGCAUGUCGAGUGAGGUGCUUUUUCUGAUCUCCAGUGUUGCUGACCACAGCUGCUUCAUGUCAUGUCUGAACCACCUGCCUUCAGCAAUGUGUAAUUUGCAGGUCGGUGAGAAUAUCGCCCCUCCCCGCAAACAGAAGCCAGGACUGAAAAAGUGCAUCUGUCUUUUGUGUAACACGAGAUGUAAGUGUGUGAUUUCAUUGAGUGCUGCUUGCCGUGAAGUCUUUUCGCCUCUUGUUCAUCUCCAGUCUGGAGUUGGUUUAACUGUGAAGGUUUCCCGUACGGAACUCUGUGUGUGUGCGCGCGUGUGCAGUGUUCAAUUAAAGAUUUGAAUCAUUCUCUGG